UCUCUCCCAAUACAAAAGUGCAAGUAAUUCCAUUUACCAACUUGUUUCAAAGGAUAUGGAGAGGGUUUUUUUGAAGAUGCUUUUCCUGGCCAUCCUCCUUGUCUCUGUGUCUGGUUUGCAAGUUUCUAGCAUGUCGGGAAUUAAAGCACAAGCCCGACAGAAAGAGUACUAUCCUGCUGGCGGCAAACAGUGCUCCGUUGACAAAGAUUGCAUCAAAUUAUGUCCUCCUAAUUGGGCCUAUGGAUGCGUUGAGGGUUCUUGUGUAUGUGCUUGUAGCAACCAUUGCUCCUAGUUCCUAUGUUGUAAUGGAUUAAGGUUUAACUUAGUAAACCUUAUAAGAAUUGAGUUAAAUAAAGAUCUAACCAAU